UCAGUCCGUCUCUUGUUGAGAGAGCUCGGCAUUUAGCCUUGAUACUGUAGACAGCAUAACUAAUAAACCUGAAUUACUAAAACAGUGGUUUUGUUGUAUACAACUUUUGAGGCGUUAAUGUCAAUUUAACCUAGGUCUAAAAAUAUAAUUAUUGUCAUCUUCAACCUAGAGCGUAACCAGGAAGUGAGUGUGCGCUCUGGAGACGAGGGGAGCUUUGGUGUGGAGGAGUGAUUCUGGAUAAACACUUUCACUUGAAAGUCGCAGCUACAAUGUUUUCUUCAAAGUAGUCAUGCCCCACGGAAGUCGCCUUCCAAGACCCGGGGAUUAUGAUAUUAGUGCUGUAAUGUCUUUGUCAGAAUGAGUAAGGAGAACCUCAGCGACUGGCCCCCAUCCCAGACCUCUGCAGAGGAGGAAGAGGAGGAGGAAGAUGAUGGGGAGCCCAAGGUGUGUCAGGUGUGUGGAGAUCGGGCUACAGGCUAUCACUUCAACGCCAUGACAUGUGAGGGCUGCAAGGGAUUCUUCAGGCGUGCCAUGAAGCACCCCACUAAGUUCUGCUGCCCGCAGCAGGGUGUCUGUGUCAUCACCAAGAACAACCGCCGCCAGUGCCAGGCCUGUCGACUCCACAAAUGCCAGUCCAUAGGCAUGCUGAAAGAGUUGAUCAUGUCAAAGGAGGCUGUGGAGAAGAGGAGGAGUCAGAUCAGGAGGAACAGGAUGGUUGAAGAGCCCCCGGUCCUCUCGCCACAACAGGAAGCUGUCAUACAGGAACUGUUCAACGCCCAUGAAAAGACCUUCGACGUCACCUUUUCCCACUUCCAGUUCAGGCCCAUCGACAGAGACCUCAACCCCAUGUCUGUGUGGAACCAGACUGCCAGUGGGCAAAGUGCAAAACAGACUGGAAGAAUGGAUAACUUGACAUCAUCUUACUCCACUUCCACCUCCACCAGCUUAUCCUCUUCCUCCUGUUCUUUAGAGGAUGAGGAGGACAGGAGUGAUGGAGGGAAGAAUACAGUUCUCACCACUCUGCCCGAUGUAGCUGACCUUACCACCGACAUGGAGGAGAAGAAGGAGGAGGAGAAGGAGAAGAAGGAGGGCAGGAGUGAUGGGGGGAAGAAUACGGUUUUCACCACUCUGCCCCACAUAGCUGACCUCACCACCUACAUGAUCCAAAACAUCAUCAACUUUGCCAAAGGACUCCCCUCCUUCAGGGCCCUGGCCAUAGACGACCAGAUCUCUCUGUUGAAGGGGGCCAUGUUUGAGAUGAUGCAGAUCCGCUUCAACAUGAUGUUCAAUGUCAAGACGGGCAUCUGGGAGUGUGGUCCCCUGACAUACUGCAUGGACGACGCUGUCCGGGCUGGGUUUCAGCGCCACCUGUUGGACCCUCUGAUGCGGUUCCACUACACCCUGAGGAACCUACAGCUGCAGGAGUUUGUUAAAUGACUUCGUGAGACAGUGGUAGUUGGCUCCCCAAAUGCUUAUGUGGUUGAAAAUGUUGAGUCCUGAUUGGCAGAUCGUCCGGGUGUGAUCAAUCAUGGUGUGAUUGAUAGUCUGCAGGAGAAGUUGGCUAUUGCGCUGAAGGUCCACAUCGACUCCAAGAGGGCCAAGCCUGAGAAACACCUGCUGUACCCUAAGAUUCUGGCGUGCCUGACGGAGAUGAGGACUAUGAAUGAGGAGUAUACCAAACAGGUUCUGCAGAUUCAGGACAUCCAGCCAGGCAACUCAUUUGACCCACUCAUCCUGGAGGUGGUCAGCAAGGACCCCUGAGACAGACACACCCAGACAGGCAGCAGCAGGGAUGCCUAAAUCACUUUCCGUCAGGUUUCAACAAGGACAUCUAGGGAGAAUCUCAAUUACAUACUCCUUGUGUCCUCUCUCCUCGACUCCUUCUCAAAACCCAUUGGAUGAAAGAGCCAGACGUCCCUCCCUUCUGACCUUCUCUUCUAAUGGGUUUUGAGAAGGAGGCGAGAAGAAAGGACGCAAGGAGUAUGCAAUUGAGAAAAGGACCUAAAUUACUUUCAGACAGCUUAAUCCACUUUCCUCAGCCCGAUAUACAGAACGGAUGCCUAAAUAAUUGUGACAGGCUUCAACAGAGACAUGUAAAACUGCCUAUGGGGUGAUUGAAUCAUUUUCCCUCUCAAGAAUGUAGAUUUUAUUUUAUUCAAAAUAUAUCAAAAUAUAUCAAAAGAGCUAUACGUAGUUUUUUAAUGUGUGCUUGCUUGUAUGUUUUUUUCUUUCAUCAUUCAAUUAUGCAUAUUGCCAACGCAAAAUGAUUGUCAGAGACUCAGACAAUUGUGUUUAAAGCACUAAUGCAAAAUGAUCUUAUACAGGACUGAAGAAGGGGGUGUCCCCUAUGGUUCUACAGAGGUUUAAGGAGGGAUUUUGUUUUCUGUGAUAAACACUCUUUGGCUGCUGUAUUUCCUAAAAGCUGGUCAAGUGCCUCCUUAAUUGUGAGACAAAAUCAAUCUAGUACAUAUCAAUUUAUCCUGAUCGCAGAUAUGUCACAGGUGAAAAGAACACACUACAAUCAGAAUCUAAAUGUGAAAUACAUCAUCUUAUAUGUAUUGUUAAUGUUACAAAUGAUGCAGUAACCUGUAUUCUGUGUUUUAGUGUAUUUG